AAGAAAGAAUUCACAUUUAAAUACAAAAAAACUAUAGGUUAAAUUCUCAUAUCAAAUAAAAAAUCUCAUUGAAAAGAAAAAAAGACUUAUUUUUUAAUUUUCAAGAAUGGUUUAUUCAUACACACCAACAUACUAUAGCUCACUCCAUGAUUCAAUUACUUCUCUUUGCAAAACUAUUCUUCCAUUUCCGUUCAAGAAAAGGCGAAUACCCGCGAUUGCAGCUGCUGAGCAGAGGUUAUCGAAGCAGCAAUCGGAUAAUAUUAAAUGGCAACAAGAAUCUUUUCAUCAGAUUCUUAACUUGAUGGGGCUUUUUAAAGAAGGGAUCUUGGCUGAAUCUGAAGUUUCUGCUUUUAGAUCACAUCUUCUCGAUACGCUUAUCGCGUCUCCUGCUGAUUAUGAACAUUCUUCAAUCUUAAGGGAUAAGUUGAUCUUCUUGCAGGAGUUGUUGUAUGCAAAAUGUAUAUCAGAGGAAGAGUAUCAUUCAUCAAAGAGGCCAUUAUUGCAAAGGCUAGCAGUUCAAGGAGCUGAGAUUGAGGCAAAACAUGUUGUAGUUGGAUCAAAGAGAGAAACUACAGAUGAUGAGUGGUCUGUUAUAGAUUUGAAGGAUGAAAAAUCUUAUCUUGGCAAAGAGAACUCAAUUUCGAGCUCGAAAGAUAAGCAAAAGCAAACUUCUUCAGCUAUUAAGCUGCAAAUCAAAGGGGCUGCUUCAGUUUUUGGCUUUGCAUCAUCCAAAAAGGAAAGAGGUAUACUUAAUCCAGUUAGUGAAAAUUGUUCCGAGAGAAAUGAAUUGGGAGUGUCGACAGAGAACCCUUUUUGGAAUACUCAUUUGAGGGAAAAAGACAGUGAAACUAAGUCUAUUUUGAUGGUGGAGAGCUUGCCUAAUGAACCUGUGAAAGUGAAGAAGCAAAAGAAACCUUUUAAGGCACUGUUUGGUGUUGAUGAUCAACGUCGCGGUGAGCCAGAAUCUGAAGGAAAGUCGAAAUCAGGAGGGAAGAAACAGUGGGGAUUUGAUGGAUUCAAGAAGUGGAAGAGGAAUGAUUCUGAGGAUGAAACAGUUCCACUGUCACUUGAUGAGAAGUCGGACGGUGGAACUUACUUAGGCCAGCUUGUUGAUGAACCUGUCGGAGAAGGUCCGGAUACUAAACAGAUCAAAAUAAAGCUGCAUCCUAAUGGCGCCCCCUCAGAUUUCUUUGUCGAUAAGGUUUUAGGAGACAAAAUCAAGAAAGAGCUAUCAAGAAUUCAAACAGAACUUGGUGCCAAAAAUGCAAGCGUUGAGUUAACAGAUGAUCAGAUUGAAGCAAUUUCAACUAGGCUACCAGUUGACAAGGCUGAUCUGAAAAAGUUCUUCUCUAAAACAUGGUGUGAUCGAUACGGAGACAUCGUUUUGGAUGUUGUAAGAAAGGAAUACAAGAACCAUGUUGGAGAAAUGGGAGGAGGAAACUCAAAAGGUGUAAUUACCAGGGAAGAGAAGCAAAACUCAAAAAGAUGGACAACAUUUGAUGAAGAUGAUUAUGAUGAUGAAAAUUGCCAUCCUAAUCUUUUUGCUCCUCAACAAGAUCAUCAUCAUCACACAUUUCAUUCUGAACAAACCAAAAGCUUGAAGAAUGGUGGUCAACAUUAUGUUAAUAGUAGCAUUGAUAAGGGACUAAAAUAUAAUCCUUUCUUUGAUGUUUAAGAGAGAGUUUCAUUUGGUGGACAGUGAAAGAAAGAAAGAAAGCUGAGAGCUAAUC